GUUUCUUUCUCAUCAGUAGUCCACUCAAGAUCGUCACCAAGCUCGGAACUGUCGUUUCCUCAGUAAAGUGACGCGUUGUAAUAAAAAAAUAACAUUAGCAGUAUAAACGCAAGAAUACUGUUAUCAAUCGACCUACCGUAUGUAGCAUAAGCGUUUGCAAUGAGCUACUCGAGGCCAUUUCAGAUUUUCAGGCAUGCCCACUGCUGGGGUUUUUUGCUGGUUUUGGCAAUAACGACUAUUGGUUCGGUACUGGGAGGUUUCCCGAAAGAUUGUGGCCUUCGGAAGCUGCGCACCACCUUGCUGAUUCACGGAGGCCGCGAAACCAAGAUCGCCAACUGGCCCUGGCAUACUGCUAUCUACCAUCGGAAGGAUGCAACCUUCGAAUACAAGUGCGGAGGAACUAUCUUGGCCAAAAAUAUCAUUUUGACGGCUGCCCAUUGUGUUCGGCUGCCGGAGGGUAUCAUCUCCAGCGAACGGCUCGCAGUGCAGGUCGGCCGCAACCGGCUCAACGAGACGGACGAAAGAGCCAAAGAACAUGAGGCGGACGCGAUUUUAGUUCACGAAAACUUUAGAACGGACAAAGUACAGGACGAUAUAGCACUGAUCAGGCUGGCCACCGAUAUCGAGUUCAACGAUUACGUGCAACCAGUUUGCCUUUGGGAUAAGGGGGACGAUCGGUUGUUCUUACGAGAAAACAAAGGAUCGAUCGUGGGUUUCGGAGCGACCGGGAAGGCAGGCUUUUCUGUUGCACUUAAUGAAGCCGAGAUUCCAGUGGUGGACAAUCAAGUUUGCAUCGAGAGUAACCGUGAAGCGUUUGCCUUUACCCUGACCAGCAAUAUGUUUUGUGGUGGUCGGAGGGAUGGGGUAAAUGCCUGCAAUGGUGACAGCGGAGGAGGGAUGUUUUUCCUGUACGGUGAUCGGUACUUCGUCCGAGGAGUAGUCUCAUUCUCUCCCAGCUUGAGCAAUGGUCAGUGUGAUCCUUAUGAGUAUGUCGUGUUCACAGAUGUUGCUCGCUACGUUCAGUGGAUAACUAAAACCCUCAAUGCUACGUUUGUAGAGGCUCCUGCUCGAUCGGACGUUCAUCCUAAGUUGAGAUUAUUGAGUCAGGACAUUUGUGGGUACAACCCGCAGCCGUUUGAUAGCGAGUCAGAGAAACCAGUUUUCCUCACCUAUCCGUGGGUAGGACUUAUCGAAUACACAGAGCAAGGGUUUGGAGAGCGCAAAAUAAGAUGUCAUGCAUUGCUUAUCAGUGAACGCUACCUAGUAACUGCCGCACAAUGCGUUUAUAACACAAAAAAAUUGAAACCUGUGGCCAUUCGGCUGGGAGAAUACGAUUCCUCCAAUGCACAGGACUGCGACCAGAUUGCUGGACAACGUGUAUGUGCUCCCCCUACACAAACCCAUAACAUUGAAACGAUAACCAUCCAUCAACAGUACAACAAGCCUCGGUUCGCCAACGACAUAGCACUUAUUCGUCUUAGACAGCUAGCCGACAUUUCUCAGGACAACGUCAAACCGAUCUGUCUGCCGUUGAACAAGGUGUUGCGUAGCUACAAACCGGCUACCUUCACCAGAGCCGGAUGGAAAGCGAGCUCAUCUCAGCCGGUUAUGCAACGUUCCGAAGUAGCCGUAGUAGAGUCAGUUGCCUGCCAAGAGUUGUACCAUCAAAAUCGAAUAUCGCUGGCAAAAACUUUCCGUCAAAUUUGCAUCGAAAAAGACCCCAACUGUAGGUUCGACAUUACGGCGGCACCCCUGCAAGCUGUCCAAUUGGUUGAUGGGAGCCCUCGCUACGUCCUGCAUGGGUUGCUCUCGUUUGGACCUCUCAAGUGCCAUCUCCAAUACCCGGAGGUAUACACCAACGUUGGCACUUAUCUGAACUGGAUUUUGGAUAACAUUCACGAGUAAUGACGAGUUUUGAUAGUUUUAAAGUUUAUUCAGUUCAUUGUGGAAUAUUUUGAGUCAUAUGUGCGUUCCACUGCAGGAAGCUAGACUAUAUGUGUGUGGUUUUUUUUCUGGUUAGAUUAUACAUGCAUACAUACAUCGAAGGCUAUCGACUAAGCAGUUUAUUCUUUCAAAAAAAAAACGCGUACAAAACUUAAUACUGAUACUUUGCUUCAAAUAAAUACAUCACUAGUAUACUGCAACCUAUUCUAA